UGAGGGGUGGAGAGCGGCGCGGCUCACUUCGGCGGUCCCAGAUAGGCGGGGCCGGAGGGGUCCGCCGUGCCACCCCACCCCGCCCCGCCCUCUGAUAUCGGGGUCCGAGCCACAGAGGCGGCCGAGCAAGAGUCUGCGCACUGUGGCCAAAGCGCUCUUAGCGGCUUAGGGCUCGACUGUUCGGAAGAUGGCGGAGCGUGCCGCCAGCGGUAGCCGCACAUACCUGAGAGGGAUGCGGGAACGCCUGGAUACUGCCACCAAUGCCAUUGCUCCAGAGAAACGCAGUCAGCAUCGGUUUAGCGUGUCCUCAUUCCGAUCCUCAAAUACAAGAUUACCAUUUAAACCAGUAACAGAUGGAUCUGUGCUUAAAAAUGAUAUAAAACAACAAUUAGCAAAGGAGCGCAGAGAAGAAAAAAGAAGACAACAAGAUGCUACUAAAGAAAUGCAACUCCUUGAAAAAGAAAGAAAGGCCAAGAUCCAGUAUGAAAAACAGAUGGAAGAAAAACAGCGAAAGCUGCGAGAACAAAAGCAGAAAGAUGAACAGCGAAGAAUAUCUGCAGAAGAAAAAAGAAAACAAAAACUACGAGAAGAUAAGGAGAGAUUCAAAGCCGUUGUCUCUCGUACGUUGGAGCGCAACAACUAUAUUGAACGUAUGAAAAGAUGGGAAGGCUCUAUGACAGUGACCUCUGAAAGCAAAAUGGUUAGUAAACGAUCUGUAGCUACUGAAAAACUAGAACAGGAGACUUCUGGAUCAAACAAACAAAGAACUGGGCCAUCUUCCAGUCUUCAGAAUUCUGUUGCCAAGAGUGUCCACAACCCUGUAAUGCAGUAUGCAGACAUGCCCUUGCUUAGCCCUAGCAGUGACGAAUUGAAGAAUACUGUAGAGCUUUGCAAGUCAACAGUGGCAAUAUCUCCCCAGGAAAAAGAAGAAACACCCCUCAAAGUGGGCCUUGAAGCACCCCCUGAGGGGAGUGCAGAAGUGGCCCCCAAGGCUGAGGCAAGUGUGGAAGCAGCCCCCAAGGGGAGUUUGGAAGUGGCCCCCAAGGCAAGUAUGGAAGCAACCCCCAAGGUGAGUAUGGAAGCAUUCCCAGAAGUGAGCGUGGAAACACUGUCUGACAGCGUUGAAAUAUCACCUGUGGGGAGUGAGGAUGUGUCUCUUGUGAGCGUCGAUCCGUCCCCCGAAGUAAGCAUGGAUUCGUCCUCUGAGGUGAGCCUCGACUCAUCUCCAGAGGUGAGCAUGGAAACAUCAACUGAGGCAACCAUGGAAUUGUUACACAAGGCUAACAUGAAAAUGAUUCAUGAGGAAAGCUUAGAAACAAUCCCGGAGGAGUCCAUGGAGGAGCCUGCUACUGCAAAUGUGAAAGUACCCCCUGAGUCAUGCCCUACAGUGGGUGUGGAAACAUCUUCCAAGGUGAAAGUUAGAGGCACUCCACAGAAAUCAAAACCCAAAAAGAAGCGCGCAUUGACACAGGUACCAGUUUCUAGAUGGCCAUCUGCAAGUGGAUGGUGUUCGUCCUAUCCCUUCAGUGCUAAUAGGCAAAGCCAAAAGAACUAUCCACCAUCUUUUUUUCUGGUCAUGGCAAAACAACCAGCACAAUCUGCGCUUUCCUGUAAAGCACUUCCUGUUCAGUAUGACCUAUAUGCACAAAAUGUAUUAGAUACCAUCAGAAGGAAAAAAGAAUCAGUUUCUAAAACCACUAUCAGCUCUGAGGCUGUGAGCCAAAAGUGCGUGACCAGUGAAGAGACUGUGGGUAAGAGCUCACAAGGGAUUAUGAGUGCUGAGGAGGAAACAAACAUUUUGGCAGCAAAACACCUUGCUCAUGAACAGAGAGAAAAAGAAGAAAAACUACAGAAAGAAAUGGAGCAAAGGAAAGAGAUAGACAUGGCAAAGAAAGAAGUGGAUGGCCAAGAAGUGUUCUCAAAAUUUGACAAUGAGCAACGACAAAAGAAAAUAAAUAAGAAGAAAAGAUGUCCGGACCAGCAAAACCAGAAAGUGCUGUUACAGAAAGGGGACACCAAAAGAAAAGCUCAGGAGGAGGCCAACAAACACAAGAAGGAGCAGGAAAAACAUGUGCUAUGGAAUUUACAAGAAAGAUCAGAAAGAAAAAAGAGAUUUGAUGAAAUUAUGAAGCGGACAAGAAAGACAAAUUUGAAUACCUCAAAGGUUGUACAAACAGUCGGCACUGACAUAUACAAGGAACAUGAGGCAGAUGAUGAGGAUGAGUCUGAGAGUGAUGACACAGAUUAUUUUGAUCUACCAGCCAGUACAGGUGGCAUGAGUCCAUUUAGAAAACCAAAUGCAAGCUUUACAAAUGUGAAGCGCAUACCCAGGCUGCUGUUUCUAGAUGUCAAUUCAGACAAAGUUUAUUCAGUACAAAAAACAUCUUUAAAAAGUGACGUGAAAAACUUAAGACAAAAGGUGAAAGACCCUUUGGCUCAGGCCAAGGGUAUCAGGCUAUCCACCAACACAAUUAUGAACCAAGUAACAAAAACUGAAAAGGCUGGGGAAACCAGCAACACCGUGGAAUCACCCGGAAGUUUACAGUCAGUGUCACACGAAAGUACACAUGACCAAAUACUAGGUAUCACCAACGAGAUCGAGCCACUUGUGUCUGAUAGUCUUCCUGAUAGCCAAAAGCACUAUCUGAAAGGUUCCAUAACAUUCUACCGAAGUUCCCAGAUACCUUUAGAAGACAAAGAUAGAAACAAAUCUGAUUCUGCUUCAUCAGAUAUGUAAACCUCGUUCAGCCUGGAAGAAAAUUUAUCCUCCACUCUGGGUUUCAACUUCCAGGCCCAUCACAUGAAGUUUCUCCACUUCUGCCUGAACCAGGCAAAGAAAAUAACCAUCCUCAAAAAGGAAAACACCAAACAAGUCAUUUUAGCAGGUCUGAGAAGAUGCUCCCUCAUUUUAUCUUGACUCUUGAGCAUAAGAAAGGGUUCUGAUUAAAUAGUGUUUUUGUC